AUGGUCGAGGAUGCCCAAAUCGACCUAGAGUUGGAUGUAAAGUCUAAGGAGCGCGUGAUUCAUUUCGGUAUACGCGGACGUGCAACUACUGUGUUUUCAGUGAAGAGCGAGGCACUUUCAGGUCUGCAGCGGGAUCCCCGUUUUCCCAACAAAUCUUCUGAACUGGUGGCCAAGCUCUAUUGGCCAGAAGAGACGCGUCAGAGCGAGCCAGACAUCCUCAAGGAGGUCUACAAGACUGCACAGACAGAUCCGGAUGUGCGAGGCCACAUCCCAGAGCUGGUCUGGUUCCACAAGUUUGAAGAAACAUCCACGUCCAAAAUCCGAGUCGCACUAGGACUGAAGGACGCUGAACGGGCCAAACAGGGCAGCCGCGUCCUGUACGUCAUGGUAUUCAGAAAGCUUAUCCCAAUCACAGCACUUUCUAGCGAGGAGUUCCUUGCCGCGUGGUGGCAAGUUGUGAAGUGCCAUUGCGCCCUCUGGAAAGAAGGCGUGCUUCAUCGGGAUGUCAGCCCUAGCAAUCUAAUGGGGUACCACUUGCGCGGUCAAUUUAUAGCUGUUCUCAAUGACUACGACUUAUCGUCGUUUAACCGUGAUGGUCCCAGGGGCCUCGAACGCACCGGAACGGUACCAUUCAUGGCGAUAGACCUUCUCUCGCCAGGCGCCAUGGCAGGCAAGGUCGAGCAUCUGUAUGCGCACGAUGCUGAAUCGUUGAUCUGGGUCCUCACCUGGGUCUGUCUUCGGUAUAAAGAUGGCGAACUCCUCAGUAAGAACAGACCACUAGAAGAAUGGUUGAAAUUGGAUGCUAUUCGAUGCAGGAAGGAAAAGAAUGAUUUUAGAUCAUCGGAGCUUUCUACCAUGUGUCCUUCCGGAUCGCACGCAGUGUCCUGGGAAGUUGUAGAGAAGUGCUUUGAGGGGAUCCACUCGAUUUACCUUUCAAAAGGGUACCGCAAACUCACUGAUGAAUCGGCUUUUCAGUUGUUACUUGAGGGGCCUAUGCUAGAGCAUGAGAGUCGUAGGCGUACUUAUAGUUGA